CACACAAUUGUUUUGUGUAUUUGUUGUAGUCUCAAGUUUGGGGCGAGUCGAUUUUUCGGGGCGUCCUAAAACCUCCUCUUCGUCAUCGUAAACAUCUAAAAGUGCCAGGGACCGGGUGUCUAGUCUUCAGAUAGUCAAAGAGCAAGAAAAAAAAGAAGUUAAACGGCCUUCCCGGUUUCUCCGAGCGUCGCACUGUCGUCCGACGAGACGGCGCCGCGUCAUGUAAAAAAGAGUGCUCCCAUCCGCUGUCUUGGCUGGGCAUUGCGUGGGCGCCGAUGGAGACCGCCAGCCUGCUGUUGCGCACCCAGUGGGGUCUGCUGGAGACGCUGAACGAGCGGGUGGAGGGGGCCGCUGAGCGGGGGGAAGCCAUGCUGGUGUUGUUGAACCAGCUGCUGUUCCUGAUGCUGUGCGACCGCUGGUUCUGUCCCGGGGACCGGCUGACGGGCCUCUACACGCUGCUGUUCUACAUCAUCCUCUGCUACCUGUGCCACUACGUGGGGAACCUGCUCAACGUCCGGGGCUACAGCCCCUACGUCCAUGUCUCUGACCAGUCCAAGAUACGCCACUUGGCCAUGAGCGUUACCAAGAUGGUACUGGACCUGACAAAGGGAGUGACGGUCGUCAUCACGGUGGUCUUCAUGCUGCUUGUCCUUGGCCUCGAGCAAGGCCUGGAACACUUUAGCCCCACCUGGACGUAUGUCCUGCUCACAGCCCUCUACUUCUGCCUCACGGAGCGCAUCUGCCAGGACAAGGUCCCCAUGGUGCUCUCCUGGCUCCAUCUGGAGUUCCUGGAGAACCUCGAAACCCUGUGGGCCCCCGUGCUCUGCAAGCUGGCCACCUCGCUCAGCUCGCUGCUGAUGAUAGUGGCCGUGUCCUUCUGGUGCAGUGGCAAGGGGGGCUGGGGUCUCUGCCUGCUGGCAAGCUACAUCAAUGUCUACCUAGGCCUCAAGGCAAUGGACAGACACCUCAAGGUCCUUCUUCAGGAGAGGGGCCAACUUGGCAGGUUUCGGUUUGCGACCAAGCAGGAGCUUGCCAACUUUGACGACGUCUGCUCGGUGUGUCUGCAGAGGAUGACUCUGGCCAGGGUCACUCCCUGCCGGCACCUGUUCCACGGCGACUGCCUGCGGAGAAGCCUCAAGGACAGGAGCACCUGUCCCAUGUGCAAGCAGGACCUCUGGUGCUGACUGCUGUUGUGGGUGCCACUUUUUGCUUUGUGGUGUGCAUCUCCGGUGGGAAGCCAGGGUUGUCUGGUGACCAUGGGAUCUUAACGUGGACUGUCGGAGGGGGGACAAACAUUGUCGGUGCCGGUCAGUGUGGCAAUGCAAUAAUUUGGCCCCCUUGUGUCUUACUGCUUUCAAAGCCACCGUUUUAGUUGCUGCAUGGUCUUCUCUUGCAAGUUGAAACAGUCUUGAACUUUGGCAGUGCCCUUCUUCUGUCGACUGUGGUGCGAGAGAGGAGCAUUGCUGACGGUGCCCUUAUGGUGCAGCAGUGAUUCAGGUUCCCACGAUCCAUUUUAUGGUUGCUAUUUUCGUACCUGGCAGGUAUAUUUUAUUGAGUCAGAAAGAUUAAUGUGCACAUGCUGCAGAUGGUAGAACAACCAAGGAACUGUGUUGACAAAGGUUUAGACAUUGUGUGUGUCUCUCUACUUUUAUGGCAGCUGCCAAAUUUCUUUUGUGCCGGUGUCUUUACGUCUAGCGCAGUGCUAUCAUUUCUGGCACUAUUAAUGCUGUGACAAUACUGAGCCCGGUAUUUCAUGCACUUUGCAUCGUCUGCUUUUCCUGAAAAUUAUUUAUUUUAAAACUGGAAUUACAGUGCCUAGAGAAAACUUGGCAGUCCAUAAAACUGAAGUCAGGUGGGAUUGUGACCGUGUUUCUAUGGUACAGCCAACUUGACUAGGGCCCCCGGUGACAUAGCUACAUAACCUAGUAGAAUCGCUAUCACAUUUUGUGUUUUUGUGCAUUGAGGUUCUAUUUUGCCCCAUGUGAGCAGAGUUCUUAAAUGCUAAAGCAUUCAUAACAUGACCUGGCAAUUGUUCAGUCUUUUUUCAGCAUCUGCAAUUUGAUUGUGAUGCUUUUCUAUUGACCUUGUACCACUUAAGUGUACCAAACAUUAUAUACCUUGUUUUAGUGGUAGGAGACAACGCUGUCCAAAGUAUAGAUGCAGGUGCAUCAUCCUGAGGAAUCCUUGAGCUGCACAGAUGCUGUUAAGGUCGAUUCUUGAUAAUUCAAAACUUGUGGGGACAGGGAAAUGCUUCUAACUAGGUGCACUCCGAACUUAAAAAAAAAAAAAGAAAGCAAAAAACACUGGAGCUGUUUUUUGUUUUUGGUGCUCACCGGGAGAAGUUAAUUUUUGCGUGCCUCUGCUAACGGAUACGUGCAGCAUUUCGCUAACAAAGAUUCAGAGUGUUAACUAUGCUUUGCAAAUCGCAAACCGUUAUUGGGGGGCCUUCAGCAGUUUCUUCACCAAAAAAUAUAUAAAAUUGUAGUCCACGGUGUCGCAAGCAGUUUCUUUGUUGGCAGCAGUUGGCCACUCGGCACGGAAAGCGACAUGAUUGUUCCUAGGCCUAACCACUUGCAUGAUGUGCCUUCCCAAAAGACUACACACCACUGCAUGUUUGUUACCAUCAAUUUAUUCGAUGGACAAAACAUCUCGUAGGGCUGGGUCAUGCCUCAAACCAAGCUUUGUUGGCCGUACGUGCUGCGCUCGCUUCCAUAAUUUUUGUGGGAACGACACCUCUAUGCACGUGCCUGUAGCCAUGCUGGCACUGCCUGGGCUUGGCCUGGCCCCUGAAUCGGCUUGGCCGCCCAGAGACUUACUUGCGCACCGCGCUUGUUGCCCCUUUUCCGACUGUGCACAUGGUUGGUAAAAGCGAUAAAGUGUACAUUGGUGCGAUUUAAGCUGGGUCAGCAUAAUCUCAAAGCUUUUUUGCAUGCUUUCGAGUUGCCGGACUUCUCGAGCAUGUUAUAAAACCCUUUGUAGCAACCAGUCCUAAAGGUUAAACUUCCAAUUACCACACAUUUUUUACCGUAUACUCGUAUGUGUAAUUACCAGGACCACACCCCUGCUUUGAAUGAACAGAAAAUUGGAAUAUACCGACUAUAAUUUACUGAGAGUCGGGGGGGGGGGGGGGGGGGGGUAUAAGCAAAGUUUUUUUUUAAACCUGUGCACUUGCACCACUACAUUCCACAGCAUUGUCUACUAUCUGAACAGGGACUGCAAGAACAUCAUACUUGACAGCAGUUUUGCCUUUCGUAUGGAAACUAGGGUCAGUGAUGAUCGAGAUGACAAUCAUUAUCUGCAUAAAGCAUUACUUAAUAUUUCCAGUUUGCAAACUCCCGUAGACACAUGCUUGCAGAAGAUGACCCAUCCCCAAUGUUCUCCACUAGUUCAUUGACGAGCUACACUUCUUGCAUGCUGCAGCAGCUCUGAACAGUUCUUGCAAGACACACCAUAGGCGUGAAGGAAGUUGGUGACAGACGUUGAGGUGGAAGGGGGACUGUGUUUUGGAAGAGUUGGCCGUCUGUGUUGAUCUAUUUACGUUUACAUAUCUCAUUAUUUGCCUGGGUUCUCAUUCUGCCCUUAGAACAAGAACAUUAAAAAACAAACUAGAAAUGGCUUAAGAAGUACAAUCUGGUCCUAUGUGAAACUGAAGCACUAGGCAAAUGCACCUCAAAAUGUCACGGGUCACAUGGCGCAAUGCAAGUCCGAGAUCACUGGUGCAGAAAUUGUGCGGCAGGCUGCAAGGUCAUGAUACCACAGAAUUCUGUCUUGCCACAUCGGCCGAUUCGACGUGCACAUGUCUGGUGCCUUAGUCAUCGCAUUAUUUGCGCAUCCUUUCGGUGGGAUAAGCAUAGACUAUUAUUUCUUGUUAUUGAUUAGCAAUACUCAGUGUUACACCAGUGAUCCCUGGAUAGCGAGGCUAUUUUUUUUAAACAAGCAUUUGUAAAAACAUUGGGCUUCAUCCUACUUGUUUCGACUACUACUUUUCAUGCAUGUUGGCGAGAGUUUUCUUUGCCCAAAACGAGGCCCCCUCUUUUUCCUUGUAUAGCAUGGUUCGGCAGUUUACCAUAACGUGCAGAUAGCUCUUGGACACGCAGUUUUAACUACAAUCAACUGAUUGAAGAGCAACAUCCAGAUUUGUGAAUGAUUGCUGCAGAGUUCUAGCAUCAAUACAAACCUGUUAAUUUAUUGCUUCUGAAGCCCCAUGCUACAAUAGCUCUACAUAGAAGUGCUACUACGUAGGACUUUGUGCAAUAAAUGAGUGAACAUUA